CGUCGUGUCUGGAAGGACUAUUUUCCCGCAGUAGAUGCUAUAGUAUUCUUGGUGGACUGUGCCGAUUUGGAGCGUAUUCCAGAGAGUAGAACUGAAUUGGAGUCGCUCAUAAGGGAUGAGCAGGUGGCAGGUGCUCCCGUUUUGAUUCUCGGAAACAAAAUUGAUAAGUCGACUGCGCUUAGCGAAGAGCAGUUGAAGUGGCAUCUCGGAAUUCAGCACAUGUGUACGGGAAAAGGAGAAGUGGCGCGCUCAGAUCUUUCAUCACGACCGUUGGAAGUUUUCAUGUGUUCUGUGUUGCGACGACAGGGAUAUGGCGAGGGUUUCCGUUGGCUUUCGCAGUACCUCGAUUAA